AUGAUAGGCACUCACUUCACAAACUUCUGGUCAGCUGUGCCUCAAGGACCCCCCGAUCCAAUUCUGGGUGUUACCGACGCUUUCAAGAAGGAUACUAAUCCCAACAAAGUGAAUCUCGGUGUUGGUGCUUACCGAGACGAGAAUGGUAAACCAUACGUCCUGGAAUCAGUACUAAAAGCUGAAGAUAUUCUGCACCAAAAGAAAUUGGACAAAGAAUAUCUACCUAUAACUGGCGCCAACGACUUCAUCACUUUGGCUUCCGAGUUGGCUUACGGUAAAGAAUCCAAACCACUUCAAGAGGGACGAAUCGCCGUAGCCCAAUCUAUCUCCGGUACAGGUGCUUUGAGAAUCGCUACUGGAUUUCUAUCGCAAUUCUACAAUGGACCUAAAGUCUUAUACCUCCCUGAUCCUACUUGGGGAAAUCACGUGCCUUUAGCUGAGGGAGUUGGAUUAAAGGUACAAAGAUACAGGUACUUUGACAAGAACACUGUCGGUCUCGAUUUCAACGGUAUGAAAGAGGAUAUCAAGAACGCCGAAUCGGGUUCCAUUAUACUGCUUCAUGCCUGUGCUCAGAACCCCACUGGUAUUGAUCCUACUCAAGAACAAUGGAAGGAAUUGAGCGAGCUUAUCAAAGCUAAGAAGCAUUUGGCUUUGUUUGACAUGGCUUAUCAAGGAUUCGCCUCUGGAGAUAUCAUCAGAGAUGCGUUUGCCGUUCGAUACUUUGUUGAACAAGGACAUCAGAUUAUCCUUUGUCAAUCUUUUGCUAAGAACCUCGGUCUAUACGCUGAAAGAGCCGGGACCUUCUCUAUCAUUGUAUCAUCUACCGAAGAGAAAGAGCGAGUGUUAUCACAAGUGAAAAGAGUGAUUAGACCCUUAUACUCUUCUCCACCUGUCCACGGUGCUCAGUUGGUGGCUACUAUCUUGGGUACACCUGAGCUGUACGAGCAAUGGCUCACCGAAGUGAAGAAGAUGGCCGAUCGGAUCAUCUCAAUGAGAGACAAGUUGUAUGAUCUUUUGAUCGAACUGAAAACUCCCGGAGAAUGGGGUCAUAUCAAAUCGCAGAUUGGAAUGUUCUCUUUCACCGGUAUCUCACCUGAGCAAGUUCAAGCUCUCGCCGAUCACGCCCAUAUCUACAUGACCAAAGAUGGACGAAUCUCCAUGGCUGGGCUGAACGAGCACAACAUCAAGUAUUUCGCUGAGAGCCUGAGCAAAGCUGUCAAAGGUGAAUUACAAGCCAAGUCGUCACUCUAA